AAAGCUUGUGAAAACAUGUUGAUUAGAGCCAUCCAUUCCUGUCGAUUCUAGAGGAAUAUUCUAAAAAAUCACCUAAUUCCACUUCCUAAAAUGUCGAAGAAUGGCUACGAUAGUAGCGCCACAGCUAUCUAUCACGGGAGAUCCAGAAACAAAGAAUCAAAUCCCAUUUCCUCAACCUCCAACACCAGCACAACACGUUCUAGACAUCGCGAAGCAAUAUCAGCAGAUAAAAAACCAUCAAAAUCGAAACCGAAAUCUGCACGAUCCCCAGGAGAUUACGAUCCCGGAUAUGGAUGGCGACAAGCACCUCUUUUAGUCCUACAAAAUGUUGAUACGGAUACAGAGCUAGAAACAAGCGAUACAGAAAACGAAUUUGUGAAAAAUAUCACCGGUAGGAAUCGUUCUAGAGAAUAUCGAUCUUCGCCUCGGAGUAGAGAAAGGAAUAAAAGUAAACCUAACAUUAAUGGUAAUAAUACCGAUGCUUCUAGUAUAAGCAAAAGGACAAUUCCAUUAUACAGUGAAGGAUCAGAUCCGGGAAUUCGCUCGGAUCGAAAAUCGCGCUCAUCUUCAAGACCGUCGUCUGCUUCUCGUGGAGCAAAGUCAUCUCGUUCGGCCACGGGGGUUCCGGAUUAUCACAGUAGUAAUUUCGAUUGGAAUCAUGUGCCACCUAUCGGAUCAAAACUUACAGAUAAUGAAUUUACAGAUAGUUCAUCGAGAGCUCGAAUGAAGAAGAAAGGAUCAAGAUCUUUUCAAAGUGAUUCUAGUAGUAAAAAAUCUCAUAAUUCUACUACUACUAAUAGUAGUUCGAAAUCAGUAUCAUCUGUUGAGCAAAUUUUCCAGGAAGCUGUUAGGGUUAAGCUGUCGAGACCUGCUAGCAAUGAUGUUAGGACUGUGCCUGGGAAGAGAGAUGUGGUUAUUGAUCGUGGUAUGUUAUUCCUAGAGUUGUCACAUGUGUUUUGAUACUGAAACAUCUAACCAUCAGCAGCAGGAGCACAUCGCGCCGAAAUAGAACAAGAAGUAAUUUUCGACGCGGCAACAGAUUGGGAAGGACCAGGCGCAGGUGCACUAAAAAAAGAACAUUCUUCUUCAUCAUCUUCAUCAUCUCAAUCCCAAAAUAACAGAUAUCAAAAUCCCUCUAAUACAGCCCACAAAACCACAACCACAACCACAUCCAAUUACAAUCAUUCCAAUCCCUCUAUUAGAAAAAAACGCAUCGGUGGUCCCGAAGAUCCUACAUUCAUGCCUUCGCGAAAACCAGUUCCGAAACCUAAAGAUCUUCGAACCCAUCCAACUCUUCCAAAUCUUUCAUCAAGGGAAUCUUCCAGAGUACCAUCUCGUUCGAAUAUUCAACCGAGAGAUAGAGUACCUUCUGUUCCAGAGGGAUGGGAAAAUCCUUUUGAUAAGUAUGGAUUGCCGGAAAAGGGGAAGGAAAAGGAUAAGGAGAAGAAGAAUCGAUUGGGAAAUAUGAAAAUGUCGGAGAAACUUGGAAGAGCUUUGAGGGGGUUUGGAAGGAGAUCUAGGGAGGAGGGGGGGUAUGCUUAACUUUUCUCUAUUUAUUUACUUAUUUAUUUAUUUGUUUAUUUAUUUGAUUUUUCUUUAAAGAAAAACAAAUCUUUGUAUAGGUGUAGAAAUUCGAAUAUGGUUGUAAUAUGAAUAAUUGAAGAUUUUUAUC